AUGAGUGGUCCAUCAUCUGCUAACUCACCUGCGGGUGAGGAUGAAGGUGGUGUUGGAGAUAAUAACAAGGGUUCUCCCUUGUGGCGAUAUGUAACAAUUAUCAGUGAAGCUAAGAAGGGACAAGGUGAGAAUUGUGAGUGGAAGUGUAGUUUUUGUGGGAUAAAGUUCCAUGGGUCACAUUAUAGAGUGAAACAACAUCUUCUUAAGAUAAGUGGCAAAGAGAUUAGAAUAUGUCAAAAGAUCAGUGAUGCUAAGCAUAUGGAGCUUACGACUUUGAUGGAAUCACAUGAGUUAAGUAAGAAAAUGGCCAGACCUAAAUUAGUUCCUCUCCCUUCAUCAAGCAAGGAAGGUUCUUCGUGUGGAAGUACAUUUAGAGUUGGGCUAGAUUUGCUUGAUGAUAUAGUGGUAGACACUUCUAAGAAGAGGAAGGGAGUGAGUGGACCGCUUGAAAAAGCGUUCGAUAAUGGUGCUAGAGAGCAAUUAGAUGGUGAAAUAGCAAGGAUGUUUUAUACCGGUGGCUUGUCUUUUAAUCUCGCCAAGAAUCCUCACUACAUCGGUGCAUUCAACCGGGCAUGUGCUUGUCCAAUUACCGGUUACCAUCCAAUCGGUUACAAUGUAUUGCGGACAACUCUUCUAGAGAAAGAAAGAAACCACAUUGAGAGGUUGUUAGAAUCGAUUAAGCUCACAUGGAAGGCAAAGGGGGUUAGUGUGUGUAGUGAUGGGUGGUCCGACACUCAAAGAAGACCACUUAUUAAUGUCAUGGCAGCUUGUGAGAGUGGACAUAUGUUCUUGAGGGCUGAAAAUUGUGAAGCAGAAUCCAAAGACAAGCAAUUCAUUUCAGACUUGCUCAUUGAUACUAUCUUGGAGAUCGGUUCACAACAUGUAGUCCAAGUAAUCACUGAUAAUGCAAGAAAUUGUAAGGCUGCAGGAGCUAUUAUUAAUGCUAGAUUCCCACAUAUAUUUUGGACUACAUGUGUGGUGCAUACACUUAACCUUGCUUUAAAGAACAUAUGCACACCUAGCUCAAUUGUGUCUAAUAGGGAAACUUAUGAUGAAUGUAAUUGGAUUAGUCAAAUUGCCGAUGAUGUGUAUUUUGUAAAGAAUUUCAUCAUGAACCAUGGUAUGAGGUUGGCUAUGUUCAAUCAACAUUCUCCAUUGAAGAUGUUAUCGGUUGCCGAGACACGUUUUGCAUCCGUUGUUGUAAUGCUUAAGAGGUUUAAGAAGAUUAAGCAAAAUCUACAACGCAUGGUGAUUAGUGAUGAAUGGGAUAAUUAUAAGGAUGAUGAUGUGGGAAAAGCAACGGCGAUGAGUGAUUACAUUAUAAGUAAUGAAUGGUAG